GCCUCCAUCUCCGACUCGGACGGGGCGGAUUGGAGAACGGAGGCUGCAGCUUCCACCGGCUCCUCGUUAACCGCUCGCCUCAUGAGGACUCAGACCAGUUACGCCGGACCGUCGAGUGGAGAGCACCCCUCCAUUCCUGCCUCCUUUCGACCCCUGACCUCUUCCGCCGCCGACGCUGCCAACGCUGCUUAUACUGACUCUGCAACCGGAACGCCAAAAUUGGCCGCCGUUCUUCUUCUCAUACAUCAAGUUCGUCAGUCCGAUGCAGGACAUUAUCAGUGCGAAGCAAGUCUGGCUGGACACCGUCGGAGGUCGGUUGCUGACUAUGGUGUCCAUAUUAAUAUCUCCAUUAUUACUGGCAUUCUCAGUUUAUGUCCUCGCAGACGCCAACCACCGAUUCUUAGGUUCUCAUCUAACGACGAAGACGUUAGAAAUAUUUACACUACCUUCGGUCUCACCUCUUUGUCUACGUUUCAAUUUGGAGGAUCAACAGAAGUUGGCUCUUCUGAGUCUGUUGCAAGCUCGUCAGGUGUCUCCAGUGGGGCCUUGGACCACAAUGACAACACUGGAUUUCGGACAGGCAUUGCCGGCAAUGGAACUAUACUAGAAGAAGAUGGAAGAGAGACCGCCGAAGGAGGAGGCACGGGUGGAAGAAGAGGAAUUGGAGGAGGGAAAGAAGGAGAAGAGGGAGUGGGAAUUAGGAGAGGGAAGGAGGAAAUGAGGGGAACUGAAGGCAGUGUAGGAGUUAGUGGAGCUGCACAUGAGGGAGAAAUAUCUGCUCCAAGGAUUCUGCAAGUUGCAGAAGGCUCAAAUGUCACUCUGUUUUGUCUGUUCGAGGGAGCACCAAUAGUGUCCACUCGAUGGUACUAUUCGGCGAACGUACACGGGAUUCAAAUAGAUAGACUCUUCGGUAUGUCUUUCUGUUUCUAA